AAAGCUUGCAAACCUUGCAAAAUGCAAACCAAUGCAAACAUUUCGAACAAUUUUGAAAAACGUUAGUAAAAAAUGUCGCAAAUAUUAUCAAAUGAGAUUAAAUUGUUAAAUAAAGAUUCUUCGACUGGUAAUAAAGUAUUACUGUGUAAUAUUAAGAAACUUAAUUAUGCAGUUUUCGCACAGUGUCAAUGACUGCAAAAGAUUCUUUGAUUAUAAGUAUUUAUUUCAAAACAUAUUAAAUUUAUAAAAAAAACCAAAACACAAUGAAUCAUUGUGGAAAAAGUAUCCUGUCCGAAAAUAACUUUAAAUCACGAGAACUUCAAGUUUCAUCGUCGAGUGAUGAAUCAGAAACUAAUGGGAAUAAAAAUUAUUCAUUUGUUAACACUGAAAAGAGAUGUCCGCACGACUUUGAAGAAACUAAUUUAAAUUCUAAUGCUCCUGCCGAAACACUUAGAGAUGCAGAAAAACACAGGCCUUUAAAUUUAUCUCCUGUGGAGAAAAAUAUUUUUCUCAAAGUCUCAACACCGGAAAAUAAAAGAAUAAGAUUUCAUUCUCACAGCGAUGGAGAGUUAUUUACUGAAAGAGAUUCGAAACAUUAUCAAAUUCAUUUAACACACGAAUUGAAAGUACAGCCGAAAAUUGUAUCCAACAUAAAUAUUGCCGAAUGCUCGGAUUGUGGUGAAAUUCAGAAUUUACUGGAAAAUGUUUUAAAAGAGAGAGAAAUUGUAAAUUCUGAAUUUAACUUAACCACAAAUGAUUCGCAUGAUGAAAGUCAGGAAACUAAUUAUUCUCAAAAUUCGUCUAUCGAUAAUGAAUCUCCUGAAAAUUCAUUGUCGGAUUUUAUGAAAGUUCCGGAAAUUAUUUUAGAGAAAUUAAAAUCAUUGGAAAAUGUUAUAGAUCAGGAAAGAAGGGAAAAAGGUACGAGUGAUCAUAUUAAAAAGUUGUUUCCACUUUAUCUAAGGAGCAGUGAUUCAGGAAGCGAACUUUAUACAAAGAGGGAGAUUUAUUUAAAAGAUCUGUGUAAGAAAAAAUCGAGCAAGUCCAACGCAGUUGUCGAUAAUAGGAAGAGUGGAAAAAUUGUCAAAAUUAAUCAUCGUUCUCAGGAAAAUAAUAAUUCCAAAGAAAAUUUAACCAUCGAUGAAAAUAAUACACUCGCCAAAGAAACAAAAAUACCGAAAUUCGAAAUUAGAUGUCAAAAUUUACAAACUGCGAAUGAAAAUUUAGUUUCUCCUGAAGAAAAUAUUUCCACUUUGGAGAAGAACGAUUUAUUAGCAAAUAAUUCAGAAACUAUUGAAACCAAAACUGUGGAUGAAAAUUUAGUUUCCCCUGAAGAAAAUAUUUCCACUUUGGAGAAGAACGAUUUAUUAGGAAAUAAUUCAGAAAUUAUUGAAACCAAAGAAAAUUCACAAGAUGAAGAAUUAAAUUUAUCUUUUCGAGAUGAAGAGAAAACUGAAAUAUCAACAGAGGAGGAAAAUUCAGAUGAUCUUGAUGACAGUGUUUGUAUUUUGGAUGAAAUUAAUGCAAAUACACAAGUUUCGCCGACAGGAACGUUUGUAAAUAUUCGCAAGCAAAAAAAGCAAAAUUUUAUCGAAAAAACGGAAAAUAUUGAUAAAAAUUUGACUUAUAGUGUAGAGUGUUAUCAAAAUAAACAAUCGUCUCUAGACAAUGAAAAACUCUCCCCUAAAUAUAAUUCCACUAAUAUUGCCCAUAAGGAUUCAAUUCUAUUAACGAGGAAGAAUUUAAUGCAGAAAAAAUUUCCAGAUUCACUUGAAGAAAGUAUUUCUGAUGAAAAUAAAAAUAGUAAUUUAUCGAAAGUGGAGGAAGAUCUAAGAGAAGAAGAAGAGGAGGAAGAAGAAGAUAAAAAAGGAGAAGAAGAAGAUGAUGAAGUUGAUGAAAAAGAAGAAGAUGAUGAAGAAAAAAACAAGGAAACUAAUAUUGAGAGUGAUAGUGGAAUAGGAACUGAGGAAUUGGAAACAAUAGUUGAAGAAGAGGAAAAAGAAGAAAAUAAGGAAAUUAAUAUCGAAGAUGAUAAUCGAAUAGUAACUGAGGAAUUGGAAACAAUACUUGAAGAAGAGGAAAAAGAAGAAAACAAUGAAAUUAAUAUUGAAAAUGAUAGUCGAAUAGUGGAUGAAAAAUUAGAAACAAUAUUUGAAAAAUCGUCAGAAGAAAAAACAAGUUCACAAAGUCGAGAGAAAAGUCAAGAGGCGAAGAAUGAUACUACUUCAGAAGACGUCGAAGAAAACAGAAUAGCAGAAACACAAAAUUCUAAUUCAUUCAUUAUCAACAAUGUAAUUGUGAAUAGAACUUCAGGCAGGACAAUUUUGCAAAUCCCCCUUCAAAUCAACGAAAAUAGCGAUUCGAUAAUGGAAAUAACAUUAAAAAUCAAGUGCGGAAAAACAGAUAGUAAAAACGAAGGAAACAAAACUUUGAAAUCGUGAAAAAUAUUAAAAGUCGAAAAAUAUCAAGUAAAAUAGAAUUGAGUAAAAAAAAAAUCAAGUGAAAAAAUAUUUAUUAAAAAAACAAAGUGAAAAAAUAUUGAGUAAAAAAACAAAGAGAAAAAAUAUUGAGUAAAAAAAUAAAGUGAAAAAAUAUUCUGUAAAAAUUAUUGAUAUUAUUUUACAAUUGUGCUUAGAACCAAAAGUAUAUUUUUUAUAUUAUGCCAUUAAUUUAUAUUUGUGAUCCUAGAAAUUUAUAAGAGACUGAAGAUUGUAUAUUUAUAUUUAUAUUUUUAUAUUAUUAUUAUUAUUAUUAUUUGAAAAAGUUACUGUUUGAACUAUUGAAUUUAAUAAAUAACUUCUAGUCCAAUGUUAAAA